AGUGAGCGGCGGGAAUAUAUGGCCUCUUUGUUGAUAUGCCCACUGUAAAUGAGGGCUUUGAUAGGCGCUCUUUUACGAUGGACAACCAUUUUCAUGAAGACAGUGUUAAUCUGAGGGGUGCCUCUCAACCUGUCGAAGAAUUAAGCUAUCUGGACGACAGCGAUAUCCAUAUUGACAAUUCAGAUGUUGAUUGCUCGUUGCACUUACCACCGAUUGUAAAUCAUCCAGUUAUUCCUGUAAAACCCGAAAUAUCCAUCAUCUGCAUGAAGUGCGAGGAAGAAAUAAAAGUCCGACAGCUUAAAGAACACCAAGCAUUUCACAACGCUUUGGAAAUGUUCCGAUUCAACAUGGAACGGAAACCUUCGAGUGUCAAACAAUUAGUGAAACGACGCCGAACAAUUAUGCGUCGAAUCAACGAGACAGCCAACUCUGAAAAUCCAGUUUCCAUGAAGAAACUCCAGAAAUUGAACCUGGCUUAUGAGCUCCUCAAGGCUGAUAUCGAAGGAACAAAAACAACUCUUCGAAAUGUGGACGAUCUUUUCCAAAUCCGGCCAAAUGUCGAAGGUCGUGGAACAGUUCUCAACUGUGCCUUGGCGUUCGGUGUUUGUCAGCAUGCGAAUUCGCGAUGGAAAACAUCGAUGGAGGAUCGUUUCGCGUUUAAGGAUUUUUUCUGUAACGAUCCUCAGAGCGGGUUCUUUGCUGUUUAUGAUGGUUAUUCGGGGAGUAUGGCUGCUGAGAAAUGCGCUCGGUAUUUGGGUGAAAUCUUUGAGGAGAAAGUCGAAAGAAUUUACAACACAAUCAUGAAACACAACAACGUCGACGCGGAAAUCUCGGCCGCUUUUAACGAUACCUACGAGGAGAUGGACAAAAUUUUGCUUCACGGUGUGGAAGAACAAUCAAGAAAUCGCUGGAGUGGUUGUUCUGCCCUAACUUGCUUGCUGCGUGGGAACAAUUUGUAUGUGGCGAACGCUGGGAACAUUCGAGCGGUUUUAUGCCGGGGGGAUGGCUCGAUGGAACGGUUAUCAAACGAUCACAGUCCUUGGAAUAAAAAAGAGCGUCAUCGUAUAAGGAAAGCUAAAGGAGACGUAUCUAAAAGCGAUAAAACAGCUUUGGUUAAUGGCGUGGUGAAAAGUACCCGGGGUCUCGGCAAUCAUGGAGAUCCCAGUCUGAAAACUUGCGUGGUUACAACACCAGUAGUCAAUUGCUUCACUUUGGAAGACACCGACCAGUUUCUUAUUCUCGCAUCUAAUGGGGUUUGGCAAGUGUUUAGUGAGGAAGAGGUCAUUCUCCUUAUAGAGGAUCUCGUACCUGAUAUUGAUGUAAGAGCUAUGGUUAAGAGAAUGCAAGAAAAAGCUUCUGCUCUUGGGGAAGGGCUGCCUGUCCCAAAGGGGGAUGAAAUUCCCAGACGUAACAAGGGCGUGGUGGAUAUGGACGAAGACAAUGACUUUUCAAUGACACAAUCUUCUGAACAAAGUUCACUAGAGAACAUGAUUAGCGACAAAGAAAAUGGCAAUUCCAUGGAGAGGUUCCAAAACAUGGAAAUAGAAAUGGAUGACAAUAAAGGCACUGAUUUGUUGCCUACCCCUUCUAUUAGGUUACGGGCAUCAAAGGUCUUGGAAGAAGACAAGGCUUCUGCGCUUGCCAGGGCCUUAAGUGAAAGGCUGGUGGAAGGAUCUAUCCUGGCUGGUAGUCAUGACAAUAUCACUGUUGCAGUUGUUCUUUUUGGUGGAUGUCCGCUUCAGAUGUUUCUUUUGCCGUCACUAUGAUUGAUACAAUCAAAAUUCUCAUACAGGUUUUGACACUGGUCUCUUAAGUUAGAUCUAGAAUUUGGUGUUGCACUUAGAGGUAAUUCCAUCAUUUUGUUGACCAUUUUUACUAUCACCAAUCUGUUUGGUAGUAUAUUAAUCUUAGGAAGAAAAAUACCAUUUAAUCUCUGCCUGCUCAGAGUUAGUGGGGGAUAGGAGUUACGUAGCAUAUAUUUGUUGUGGAAACAAUCUGCCCCGUGUUCCAAACCAUUACCCUUUAAUGUGACUAAGACUGACAAAACCAUUUUCAAUAAAAAAACCAUGGAAAAAUAAAGAGUCAGGGUAAAUUAUUUAACUCUUAAAACCCAGGAGUAACUAGUAUCAAGAGUGCAAGAAAUUAUUACUUACCAAGAUUCCAAUACCUGAUCUAAAAAGGGCACCCAAAAUAAAGGUUGUGUAAA